UCCCUCCCCUUUCGAAAUUCAACUCCAUUCACCAACUUCAACUCUCUUUCUAAUUCUUCUUCUUUAUCUCACAACCCAAAUGGGUGGAGGAGAGCCAAAGGUGUUCAGUUUGGCCGAGGUCUCUCAGCACAACUCUCCCAAAGAUUGCUGGCUUGUCAUUGACGGCAAGGUAUAUGAUGUGACAAAAUUCUUGGAUGACCAUCCUGGUGGUGAUGAAGUUUUGUUGUCUGCCACAGGAAAGGAUGCAACUGAUGACUUUGAGGAUGUGGGUCAUAGUACCAGCGCCAAAGCAAUGAUGGAUGAGUUCUACGUAGGUCACAUUGAUACAGCAACCAUUCCCACCAAGGUGAAGUAUACUCCUCCCAAGCAGCCUCACUACAACCAAGACAAGACACCGGAGUUCGUUAUAAAGCUACUUCAGUUUGUAGUUCCUCUGCUAAUCCUGGGCUUGGCUUUUGGCAUUCGUUUCUAUACCAAAUCUAUUUGAAAUAAAUUGGAUGACCAGAUUUGAGAGAUGUUUUACAUUAAGUUUUAUCAGUUACCAUUGCACCCCUCAUCAGUAGUUGUUUGAAACAUUUGUCUCCUGAAAAUGUAGGAUAUUUGAUUUGUGAGAAACAUGCUUGUUUUUGUCC